CGUGGUUAAACUGCUGAGUCAUGUUGUGACGUUUGACCAAAUGUUGUGUGAAACCACACCAUAGUCAGCCUGUAUCCCUCAGCAUCCUGCUCUGUUCUGGAGGAGGAGAGGAAGAGUUUCACUGUAAGCAUCAGCAGCCGGCAGCGUUCGAAGUGAAUGAGUCGUCUAAUUCCGGAAGAAGAACAGCUCAUUGAGCCGAUAAAGUUAUGGUCCAGUGCUGAUGGCGCACUCUGAGCUGUUUGUGACGAGCGCGCCCCCUGUGGAGGGGAAAGCUGUGGAGCUCGAUGUUCUGAGCUUCUUGGACUCGUUUGGGGAGGAAAACAGCACCGCUGAGAGAUGCUACCGAUCACACUCCCGCAGCAGCGUCCUGCAGGGUCUGCCAUUUGGAGGGGUGCCCACAGUCCUCGUCAUCAAUGUGGUCCUCUGGAUGUUCCUGUUACUCAUCUUCUCCUGCCUGAGGAAGGCUGCAUGGGACUAUGGCCGCCUAGCCCUGCUGAUGGAGAAUGACAGUCUCACAUCCCUGUUUUAUGGAGAACCAAGUGAGAAAGAGAAGUCCCCGUCAGAGUCCAGCCCGUCUGACUCUGAGACAAAGGACAUGGGCUUCUGCUCGUGGCUCUCAUCUCUUUACCAUAUGAAGGAUGAAGAGAUCCGUAGCAAAUGCGGCAUAGACGCCGUCACAUACCUGUCUUUCCAGCGCCACAUCAUCCUGCUCAUGACAGUGGUUUGCCUGCUGUCUUUGGCCGUAAUCCUGCCGGUCAACUUUUCUGGGAACCUCCUGGGGGACAGUCCUGAAAACUUUGGAAGAACAACACUGGCUAAUGUUAGUGCAAAGGACAACUUUCUGUGGCUCCACAGCAUCUUUGCUCUGGUCUACUUCAUCAUCACGCUGCUGAGUAUGGCACACCACUCCAUACGGCUUGAGUACAGAGAGGAUGAGAAGGUAGCCAGGACACUGAUGAUUACCUCCAUACCAAGAGAGAUCUCCGACCCUGGACUCAUCACCAAGCACUUCCAUGAGGCCUACCCCAGCUGUACUGUCACUGAUAUCCGGUUCUGCUAUGAUGUCCACAAGCUGAUGAGGCUGGACUUAGAGAGGCGCAAGGCAAUGAAAGGCAGGCUGUAUUUUGCCACAAAGGCCCAAAAGGAGGGGAAGAUUGUGAUCAAGACCCAUCCGUGUGCUCAGAUAUUCUGCUGUGACAUCUGUGGCUUUGAAAAGGUGGAUGCAGAGCAGUACUACAGCGAGUUAGAAGAAAAGCGGACAGAUGAGUUCAAUGCUGAGAAGAACCGCAUCGCCAUGAAGAGGCUCGGCAUCGCUUUUGUAACCUUCCGUGAUGAGAGGAUGACUGCUGUCAUUGUGAAGGACUAUGGCCGUGUGCACUGCCGUCGCAGACCCCAGCAGUCCAGCAUCACCACUGUGGUGCAAUCACACAAAUGGGGGGUCAGCUACGCACCUGCUCCCAGUGACAUCAUCUGGGAAAACCUGUCAGUGUGUGGAUCUCGCUGGUGGCUCCGCUGUGUCCUCCUCAACAUCCUCCUCUUCCUGCUGCUCUUCUUCCUCACCACUCCCGCCAUCAUCGUCAACACAAUGGACAAAUUUAACGUCACAAGGCCCGUGGAGAGUCUGCGGAGCCCAGUCAUUACCCAGUUCUUCCCAACCCUCCUGCUGUGGGCGUUUUCGGUGCUACUGCCCUUCAUCGUCUACUACUCAUCCUUCUUUGAGUCCCACUGGACCAGGUCUGGUGAGAACCAAGUAACCAUGCACAAGUGUUUUUUACUGCUGGUCUUCAUGGUCAUCCUCCUGCCCUCACUUGGUUUGUCCAGUCUGGACCUGUUCUUCACAUGGCUCUUUGAUGUCCACUUCUUGGAUGAAAAGGAUGUCAAAUUCCAGUGCGUGUUUCUUCCUGACAACGGUGCAUUUUUUGUCAACUAUGUGAUUACAUCCAGUCUGAUUGGCACAUCUAUGGAGCUGCUUCGAAUCCCAUCACUGACAGUAUAUGCUCUCCGCCUCUGCUUCGCCAAGUCCCAGGCUGAGCGCAUUUACGUCAAACGGAGUCAAGCGUAUGAAUUCCAGUUUGGCCUGGAGUAUGCCUGGACCAUGUGUAUCUUUGCAGUCAGUAUGACCUACAGCAUCACAUGUCCCAUUAUUACACCCUUUGGUCUGCUCUAUGUGAUCCUGAAGCACAUGGUUGACCGAUACAACAUCUACUAUGCAUACGUUCCCACCAAACUCAACCAGCGCAUCCACAGAGCAGCCAUCAGCCAGGUCAUCGUGGCUCCCAUCCUCUGCAUGUUCUGGCUGCUCUUCUUCUCUGUGCUCAGAUUAGGUCCAGUGCAUCCCAUCACCCUCUUCACCUCAGUGUCCCUGCUCUUCUCUAUUGCCUUUUCCCUCUUCCGCUUGUGCCUUAGGAAGCAGCCGGACAAGUCAUCGAGCUACCAGAUGUCUGAUCAGCCAGCAGAGGGGACGUUCACUGAUGCAGACAGGAAUACUGUAACAUCCACCACUGCUUCCAGUCUGUUUGUGGCGUCCGUGCUGCUGGAGCCAGAGCUGGCUUUGACUCCCAUGCCCUCUCCAGCCCACCACAGUUACGGCGCCAUGGCUAGCUCCCAGAGUUCAAGCCAUGGCCCAGGAGAGGAAGAGGAGUGUGAGGAAGACCACGCCCAGACCCAUGAGACUGAGCUCCAAGACCCUCCAGACCCCUACUAUUCAAGCCCACUCAUGGACAGCCCUAUCAGCUACCAGUAACACCAAAUCCCCCAAGCUGAUUCCACGUCCUUCACCUGGGGAACACAGAUUGCUAAAUGCCGCAAUGCAGCGUUUUCGCCACUGACCUCAGACUCCAACUCAGCUGCCUCAGACUGUGAGACUGGGCUUGUUAGAAAGGAUGAAGAAACCGAAGACGAAAGAAGCUUAAGAAUACAGGAGCAGUCUAUAAAUGUAUAAAUGUAUAGACAGCAGUCUACCAAAACAUCUCCUGAACCUGUUUUAUGGACGCAAACAUAAUCUCAACAGAAGAUGCAUCCACCCUAAAUGUACAGAUUAUCUUAGUUAAACUAUUGGAUGCUCCAUGACAGGUAUUCCAUCUUCUUCUAUGGCUUCAUUUGCAAGUUAAAAAGGUUAAAUGUAAUGAAAGUGACUUGGGUGGAAUUGUGGGUUGCUAUCAGAGAUACUCUGUCCAUGCUGUGCAACUUGGACAUGAGUGGAGGUGAAAGUUCCCAUCAGAGUGGGUGGUGUGAGCAGGCUCGCCCUGGCAGACUGACAGAGUGGUCUGGGCAUGGGUGAUAUCUGGUUCCUCGGCAGCAGAGCUCGGGGAGGCUGAGGGUGAGGGCAGCUAGUUGUGAAGCCAUCUGCAGUGAGAGAGCAGACAGUCGGAGGGCCAAAUGUAACUCAGAGAUGUACUGUAAUAUAUGUACACUCUCUCCAAGGAGCUUGACUGUACCUGAAGCUUGUUGUAACUAUUAUCAAUUUGAGGUUGCUAUUUUUGCUACAGUAUUUUUUGGUGUCAUUGAUAUUGUGCUUUGGGUUGGGAGUCGGGGUCUAGUGGAGAUUGGUCAAGGAUUUGCAGAGCUGUCUCAUCUAAGUCAGAGUAUUCCCUUAUUAUGCUGUUUUGACUGUGUAUGUGAUCCAACUUGAUUUGCUUUAUUUAUUUUUAAAGGAACGGUUCAACAUUUUGCAAAUGCUAAUUGGCUUUCUUGCUGACAGUACAGUGAAUAUGAAGCUACAGCCAGCAGCUGGUUAGAU